AUGGAGGAAGAAAUGUCGGAAAUCUCCGAAGAAGUAACGGUAAUUCCCGAAGAAGUGACGGAAAUUCCCGAAGAAGUGACGGAAAUUCCCGAAGUUGACGAUAAAUGGAUGAUGACGUCAGUCGGUCUUCUUCGGCCUUUUCAAGCAUACAUCCAGAGCGGGAGCAGGUUCUAUUUUUUGCUCGUGUGUAUUGGUUGGUUGCAGUGUAGUAUGUAACGCAUAUUACUACAAUUUGACCAGAGCUUGACUUGAGUCCAGGUGGAUUAUACAAGACGUUUUAACCUAGCCUACUUUUCUUCUUUUUGACAUAUCAGAUUCAGUACUUUAACAACUUUGUGUGAGAAAAAUCCAGGUGGAAUUUUUUCAUUCGUUCUAGACAUCAGUUCAGGACAAUGAGGUUGAAAGUAAAGUUGGCUGGACAUUCCAUUGUGAAACAACUUAUUUUGAGCGAACAUUUUACAUUUGGGGAACUUGUGACAGAUACUGUUACAAUUACAGAAGGUUGUGAAAUGCUGGGGGAGGGAGAAUUUCAAAACUCAAGGACCAUUUAGUAGAAUCUCAAGAAGGUCAUGAUGCAACAAUGCUCAUAUUACAAAUUGGAGGAAAUGACCUCAAAUGUUCAGAAAGUGACAUCCCAUAUAAAGCAAAGAAAAAUUCAAUUUACACCCCACUUUUAGAACCUUUAGAAACGGCGGAAUCAAUAGUCAAUUUAGCAGAAGAAUACUUGGAAAAAUUCCCCUUGUGCAAAAGAGUGUAUAUAGGACAUAUUUUAAAACGUCAUUACCAAAUACAAUAUCAAUACUUUAGAAGAAUCACAACUAUAUAACUUAAAUGUCAUGGCAGCCAACCACCAUAUCAGAAAAUUAACAAAAAACAAUAAAAAUAUAAUGUAUUAUCAUCAAAAAGAUCUCAAUGACCAUAAAUACCAGCAUACGAAAAUACUAGCUUUGCCCAAUGACCCCGUACAUCUGAAUGAAAAGGGAAACAAGAGACUCAUGAGAUCUUGGAGAGGAAUGGUUAUCAACUGUCUGGACGACAUAACAGACGGCAAGGGCGUCUCAAGAGAUGAGCGAUAUGCAGGGCAGUCCAGGUGGACUCGACCCUGAUCAACAAACACAGAACCAACCCCUCCCAGGUGGGUCGGGAAUGACGUCACAACCUAGAGAAGGGCAAACACAAUCUCCUAUGCAACAGGGACAAAGUAUAAUCGACCAUGAAUACGCAAGACGAGUAGCAGCGGCUGCUGCUAUGGCUUCACUAGACCAGGGGAAUCCAUCAACAUCACAAGGUGGGUUGUAUACUCCAUCUUCUGUAGCCAAUAUUCCAAGCAUACCAUCAACAGGGCAAAUAAAUACGACCCAAAACCCAAGUCACAUUCCAUUAUUACUGUCUCAGAUACAAAACCAACAAUCAAGCUCUCAAAUGUCAACAUACAAUGUUUCGGGAAGCUCGUUGAACCCCAUGUCUUUUCAAACAUCGCCUCUGGAAAUGAAAGUCAAUGAUAAAUCUAAACAAAAAAUUUGGGAUGACAAAUAUGUGGAUUUUGAGUUGUUGUAUAAAGAAAUCAACAACAUUACAGGUCAGCCAGGUGGCAUGACUGUGACGCAACUUGCGCCUUAUGGCCAAAACUCCAUUGAGAUAUUCAAUCUUCAAAAUCAUUCAAAGCAAAAAGCUCUAUCAUUCCCUCAGUGGCUAAAAUCAUUCGCCACAUUCUCCGCAGUCUACCAAAUGAAAAAUCAAACGGCCGGGCCUCAACUCAUGAAGCACCUUAACACAGUCACUGAUUUAUAUGAACAAAAAUCGGGAUGGAGGUAUUAUGAUAACAACGUUCGCUAUAAAAGGUCAACCAUGAAUUGGCCUUGGGAUGUUCUCCAUUUCCAACACUGGCAGAUAGCCAAAAUGAUGUCAUCCUCAGAUUUGUAUCAGAACACCUCCAACUCUUCCAAUCAACAAGUAGGAGACCGUGAUGAUUUUCGUUUCCCCAAAGGAUUCUGCUUUGCAUACCACAAAGGGAGGUACUGUAAUAGGGGAUGUGGCUUCAAACAUGCCUGUCCAAAAUGUGAUGAAGACCACAUGGCCAUUAACUGCCGCAACAAGAACAGAGGAAACUGGAGAGCCUCAAGGCAAGAAGAGAAGGAAGACAGAAAGAGGAAACGAGACCGCUCCGGGGAUAACUCCAGUAAGAAUAGAAGAGCUUGAACAUCUAUUAUUGGACUACGAACCACAACCUAUUUCACCAAUAGGGCUAGUUCCAAAAAGUAUCGCAGAACAUCACCUAUCUCAUCCCCAAGAAUGUUCUAUAAAUGAUGGUUUCAAAAUUGAAGAUAAAACAGUAUCAUAUGCUACGGUCGAUGAUGCUAUUGAAAUAAUCAGGAAAUUAGGAAAAAAUUGCUAUCUUUCGAAAUCUGACAUAAAAUCCGCUUUUAGAAUUAUACCUAUUCACCCUUCAGAUUUUUACAUGCUUGGCAUGGAAUGGCAAGGGAAAUUCUAUUUCGACACGGUGCUCCCUAUGGGCCUUUCAUCAUCUUGUAACAUUUUUGAAAAAUUUAGUUCAGCUCUACAAUGGAUAGCUAACAAAAAGUUCAAUAUCCCUUUUAUAAUACAUAUCCUGGAUGACUUUUUUAUGGCGAAUAAGACCAAAGAAUCAUGCGAAAAAUCUCUAAAUUCAUUUUUGAAUAUGUGUAAAAUAAUGAACAUCCCUAUAGCAAAAGAAAAAACUGUGGGUCCAGCUCAAGUAUUAACAUUUGCAGGUAUUGAGUUAGACACAGUGAAAAUGGAAGCUAGGUUGCCUCCAGAAAAACUCGAAAAAGGAAAAAACUUAAUUGAAGAGGUGCUAGGCAAUAAAACAGAAAGAAAAAUUUUAAACUGACUAAAAGACAAUUAUUAUCAAUCAUAGGCUUCUUAUCAUAUUGUUGCUACAUUAUUCCGUUUGGCAGAACUUUUUUGAGAAGAUUGAUAAACUUAUCAAAGAAAGUAAAAAAUUUAGAUUACUUUAUAAGAAUUAAUCAGGAAGCUAGAGAAGAUUUAAAAAAUUGGGAAGAAUUCUUGAAAAAAUUCAAUGGUAAAACAAUGAUAAUUGAUCAACAAGGUAUUUUAGAAAAAAUAGUAACAGAUGCAUCUGGAACAAUUGGGUUUGGAGGUAUAUGUGGCAAACAAUAUUUUAAGGGCAACUAGCCUGAGGAAUAGAAAGGGAAAAAUAUAGCAUUACUAGAAUUAAUGCCAAUAGCAAUUUCAAUAAAACUGUGGUGUUAAAAAUUAGCCAACAAAAAUGUGAAAAUCAUAACGGAUAAUGAAGCAGUAGAUCAUAUUCUUAAAACUAU